AUGAUCAGUUCUAGCGGACAAAGUUGUGAGUUGAUGAAUUUAGAUUCGCAUAUGCAUAUGAAACCUCAGUCGCCUAGUUCUUCUAGUAGGAUUUUGGACAUUCCUUGUAAGGUAUGUGGUGAUUUCUCAUCGGGUAAACAUUAUAACAUAUUCGCCUGUGACGGCUGUGCAGGAUUCUUUAAGCGAUCAAUAAGAAGAAACAGACAAUAUGUAUGCAAAGCAAAAGAAGAAGGAAGCUGUAUUAUAGACAAAACACAUCGAAAUCAAUGCAGAGCCUGUAGGUUGCAGAAAUGCCAAGAGGCUGGCAUGAAUAAGGAUGCCGUUCAGCACGAGAGGGGACCAAGAAACUCGACUUUGCGAAGACAACAAAUGUCAAAUUUCUUCAGUGAGGCUAGGGAGAGGAUGAUGGCGUCACCACCUGUCGGGGCAUUGAAUCUGGCCAUGCCAAAACCGACGUCAUCGCCUGUUAUAGAAGGUCCUUUCGGAUUUGUGGGUCCAGCGGCGGCUGGAUUUUUAUGCAAUUCAAUACUGAAUUUUCCUCGGUUUCCGUUACCGCUACAACCAAUAUCACCUCCACCAAUACCAAAUCCAGCAGUUGUAUGUGAGGCAGCGGCUAGAUUGCUAUUUAUGAACGUUCAAUGGACUAGAACUCUUCCCGCCUUUACCUCGCUUUCAUUUUCUGAUCAACUACUUCUUUUAGAAGAGAGUUGGAGGGAACUCUUUGUACUUGGAGCAGCUCAAUUUCUACCUUUAACGUAUCUGCCGCAUUUAAUUCCAAAUUGCAGUUCCUUAGAAACUAGUAGUACCUUCUUACAAAGUGUACAAGAAUUUCAAGAUAUAUUAGUUAAUAUUAGACAAUUUCACGUUGAUCCUCAUGAAUAUUCGUGCUUAAGGGCGACUAUUCUUUUUAAAACAAAUUUUGAUAAGACCAGUUUGCCGGCAUCUACUCAACACGAAAAAGUACUUAGCAAUCCUGCAAAAAUAGCGGCUAUUCAAGAUGAAACACAACUUACUUUAAAUAAAUAUAUAAGUACAACUCAUCCUGGACAACCUUUAAGAUUCGGAAAGCUCUUACUUCUUCUUCCAACCCUUAAAAAAAGUUCCUGGUGAAACAAUAGAAGAACUUUUCUUUAGGAAAACCAUUGGCAAUAUUCCGAUUGUAAGGAUAAUUAGUGAUAUGUAUAAAUCACAAGCCAGUUUAUGAUUCUUCGUUUAUUUAUUAGUAUUUCUACAAUCAAUACGUACUUUACUGUUUUACCAAACUAUCAGAUGUUUAACAAAAAGGGUCUAUUUAUUAUUAUUUCAAUCUUUUUUGUUAUCACACAUAUCAAUCAAAUUAAUAAAAGAUAUGAAAUAUUUUGAAACCAUUAGUCGCUGGCAGGUCUAUCUUUAUAGAUCCGAAACGCUAUAGCUAAAAUAGUUCUUUUCAUAUGUCUUAAUACUCUUUUGGGUCUUGUUCUCCUUUUAGCUGGAAUGCAGUUUAAUCAAUUUAUGCCAUUGAAAUGUUAUGCCAUUUUUGUUCAGAAAGAAGCCGCAGUAUAUAUAAAAAAUCAAAUGAUAGAUUUUUGAUUAACCUGAAUUUAGGCUGCAAAUAUAUUUUUUUAGGCAGUGUGUGCAUCACUAUACCUUUAUAUAACUUAUUCCAGUUCUUAUUCCAGUUUAUUUUUAUUAUUUUAAAGCAGUAAAAUAUGUUGAGCAGUAGUGCUCAUAUUUUGUGGCAAUCUUCGUGCUACUCUAUCUUGGUUCUCUAGAAUCUAAACGUCUUCCAGUAGGGACCAAUCAAUUAACCUUCAUCAAGCCAUGAUAGUUUAUCUUUUGUCGUACUACUCAUCUAUCGGUCAACUCGAUUUUACCAGAGACUUACAGUCCAAAUAUCAAUUCAUUUGGAUGUUAUAAUGAUGGGUUUAAAAUAUAUUUCUUGAUAGCGUAUAAGUUCAACUAACAAGCUGGUCAACUACCCACCUCAUUACUCAAGUAAGUCUGCCAAGCUACUGUGCCGUCGAAUAAGCGAUAGUUUUCUUUUGCGGUAUUUUAAUCAAUCAUCUUUUUUUAUGAUUCUUUUGACCUAAUUUUCAUUUUGUAUUGAUGUAUUCUUUUCAAAGAACCGUUAAAAAUUCUUCAAAACUAUGAGAUUAUGACAAUAAUAAAGCCUUAUAAAAAUAAUUUCCUACGUAAUAAUUUUUUUUUAGAUGUGAAUGAUGAUUUAAGGUAAUAAUAAUGAAAUAGACAGACAGCAAUAACAUUGGAGGGCUACUUAUUUUUAAAGUAGUAAUUCCUGCAAAAUUAACCAGUACUAAAUAAUAAGAGUUUUAUUAUUAUUUGUAAAAGUAUUACUUACAAAAGUAUUUUAUGACAGCGUAAGUCUGUGAUGUAAAUACAAAGGCAAUUUCAGAGGGUGUAGACAAUUAAAUAAAAGAAAAUAUGUCAGACUUUGUCAGUUGUCAGUUCUUGUAGUUCAAAAUAUUCUAAUCUAUUUGAUUAUUCAAUUUAGCUCAUUAAAUUAUUUUUUAUUGACUGUUUGUCAUGCAUACGCAGUCUCUGAAAUUGUCUUAAAAAUGGGAUUGUAUUAGAUUCCGGAAAAGCUUUAUUGUAAAUAAGAGAAAAUUUUUAUAUUUAUAACAUAUAAAUUCUGAGAAUUUGUUCUAAUUUUGUAAAAAUCAUUUGUUAUAUAAUGUGUCAAACCGCUGUGUUCAUUGUAAUAUAAUUAUUUAAUUUUU